AUGAACCCAGAUCAGGUCACCCACCGGCCUCUGUCCUUCAUCGCAGCCUGCGUCUUGUUGGUUGCGACGGCAGGGGAGGCUCAAAAUUUGAGCGUGGGGGUGGUGUUGGAUAUGGAGACCUGGGUCGGGAAGGUGGGGCUGACCUGCAUCCACAUGUCGCUGUCGGAAUUCUAUGAAGCUAACCCUCACUACAACACUAGGAUUGUUCUCCACCCCAAGGACUCCGCCGGCGAUGUCGUUGCUGCGGCGGCUGCAGCUCUUGACCUCAUAAACAACCAUCAAGUUGAAGCAAUUUUGGGGCCAACCACUUCGAUGCAGACCAACUUCGUGAUCAAUCUCGCCCACAAAGCUCAUGUCCCCAUCCUUACCUUCACCGCCUCCAGCCCCGCUCUCGCCUCCCACCGCAGCCCUUACUUCUUUCGUCUCACCCACACUGACUCUGCUCAAGUUGCCGCUAUUAGCGACCUGCUCAAAUUCUACAACUGGAGACAACUCGUUCUGAUCUACCAAGACGAUGAAUUUGGAGAUGGGAUGUCACCCUACUUGAUCCACGCAUUGCAGGGUGUGAAUGCGCGCGUCCCAUAUCAGAGCAUCAUUGAUCCAACGGCUACCGAGGAUCAGAUCGGGGAAGAGCUUUACAAAUUGAUGACAAUGCCGACCAGAGUGUUCUUGGUGCACAUGUUGCCGUCUCUGGCGAUUCGUUUAUUCGCUAAGGCCAACGAAAUUGGAAUGAUGAGGGUGUUGUGCGCCGAAAGCGGAACAAAUCAAAUAGCGCUCUGGCUAUCACAAAAUACAUCUAUAUGUUCCUGCAAAAUACCCAAGUCAUUGAUCAAACCAUGCAUCCAAAUAGCUUCUUUAAAAGCUUCUGUUACUGCCAUAUACUCUGCUUCAGUGGUAGACAAUGCAACAGUAGACUGCAAUGUUGAACGCCAACAAACAGAAUNGCAAUCGGCAGAAUUUGAGAUUGUGAAUGUGAAUAGUAAUGGGGGAAACAGAGUUGGGCUUUGGAACCCUGAAAAGGGGUUGUUGAGUAACAAUAUGACAGUGAUCUGGCCGGGGAAUACGGCGGCGGCGCCGAAAGGGUGGGAGUUUCCGACGGCAGGGAAAAGGUUGAGAAUUGGGGUUCCGGUGAAGGAAGGGUAUAGUGAGUUCGUGAGAGUGAAUGGAAAGAAGGUGGAAGGGUAUUGUAGGGACGUGUUCGAUGCGGUAAUAGAAGCGCUUCCAUACGCCCUUCCGUUUGAUUACAUUCCCUUUGCACUUCCGAAUGGAUCUAGAGCCGGUUCCUACGAUGAUCUCAUCAUGCAAGUAAACACAGGGGUCUACGACGGUGCAGUAGGAGACUUAACCAUCGUAGAAAAUAGAUCUAGGUACGUUGAUUUCACCUUGCCGUUCACAGAGUCCGGAGUUUCAAUGAUCGUUCCAACAAAAGCCAACUCCAAGAACAGAGCAUGGCUUUUUCUGAAGCCUCUCACACCGCCAAUGAAAUCUCCAACUCCUCCAUUAAGAGUAAAAUUCGAGCACUACUCAGAAUCUACGACAAAAGAGACUUGA